AUGGUGUCAGAUUUCUUCUACCCUAAUGUUGGAGGAGUUGAACACAUCUUCCAGUUAUCUCAAUGUCUCCUGUCGUGGUCUAAGGUCAUUGUCAUUACACAUGUUUAUGGGGACAGGAGAGGUGUACGCUACAUGACUAAUGGGCUGAAGGUUUACUAUCUCCCAAUGCGAUUUUACAGUCAGUCCGUCCUUCCCACCAUCAUCACAUCCAUUCCACUUCUGCGAAACAUUUUCUUACGUGACAUCGUUCAUGGCCAUUCGGCCUUCUCUACCAUGGCACAUGAAGCUAUGAAUCUGGCAAGAGCAAUGGGACUUAAGAGUGUGUUUACGGAUCAUUCGCUGUUUGGCUUUGCUGACAUGUCUGCUAUUGUGACAAACAACUUCCUAGCAUUGUCUUUGGCUGAUGUCAACCACUGCAUCUGUGUCUCCUAUGUUGGAAAAGAAAAUACUGUGUUACGAGCCAAUGUAGAUGAGAAGAAGGUGUCUGUCAUACCAAAUGCUUUGGAUUCCCAUAUUUUCAAGCCUGAUCCAUCACAGAGACCUGCCAAUAAAAUAAAUGUUAUUGUGAUGAGCCGUCUCCAGUACAGAAAGGGGGUAGAUCUACAGCCUGCAAUAAUAAAAGAUAUCUGUCAACGGUACCCACAGGUGAACUUUAUUAUUGGAGGCGAUGGACCUAAAAGAAGCAUUCUUGAGGAAGUUCGAGACGAAGUGGGAAGUGAGCGUUUAAAACUUCUCGGAGCUGUGCCUCACGCUGAGGUUCAUGGUGUACUGGUCAGGGGACACAUCUUUCUUAAUACAUCACUUACGGAAGCAUUCUGCAUCGCAAUCUGUGAAGCCGUUUGCUCUGGGUUACAAGUAGUGAGUACAAAUGUUGGUGGUAUCCCAGAGGUUCUGCCAUCUCACCUCAUCCUCCUUGCUUAUCCAACUGUACAGAGCUUGACUCAAAAAUUGGAAUUAGCCAUUAAACGGGAGGUGACCGGAGAAGGACUUGACCCUUGGGUGAUGCAUGAAGAGAUGAAAAACAUAUACCUGUGGUCAGAUGUAGUGCAGAGGACAGAAGUAAUAUACGACCAAGUGCAUCUGGAAGAGUCUAGUGCUGACCUUGUUCACCGUAUACCAAGAUACAAGAAAUGUGGCCUUUUAGCAGGGUGGUUUAUGAUGUUCCUCGUAACACUACAGUUCCUGCUGCUCAAGAUUUGUGACAGACUCUGGCCGGCCAAAGAUAUAGACAUUGCCCUUGAUUAUCCAGUGGACUGCAGUAGUUUUCAAGAAAUCAAUAAAAACAGUGUUGCACAUUCUUCUUCGUCUCCUGUUGGGAAUGGCACUCAACCUAUAUCAACAGAUUCCAAAAGAAGGCAUAAUUAAAAAAAAAAAACGUAUAUAGAGGGUCCUUGCUAUGUAGUACGUUGUACCGGUAUACAGUAUCUUAUUUCACACAUACUUCACUAACAAAUAUAGGGAGAUAUAUUCUUUAAAUGUCAAUUGUUUCACUUGUAAAGUGAACAAAAAAAUUAUCGUGCUACUUUCCGUACUUUUCAUGCUGGAACACAGGAGUGGCUGAGAUAUUUGCUUAUUACCAGUUCCAACGGACCCCGGGGGCAUGAUAAUUUGGUUGUUGACUGUAUUUUAUCUGCAUCAUCAACUGUUUUAUACCAAAUCUGUUUGUACCCAAAUAUGAUGCAUAAUUAUGUGUUAAAAGCAG